UUUUCUUCCUGACCGCAGGUUAUCACCCCACUUCUCUCUCUGCUGACACGAUGGGUGUGUACAAGUACGUUGAGGAGCUGUACAAGCGCAAGCAGUGCGAUGUGCUUCGCUUUGUGCUCCGCAUCCGCGCCUGGAAGCUGCGCCAGCUGACCUCGGUCCACCGUGCCAGCCAGCCCAGCAGGCCCGACAAGGCCCGCCGCCUCGGCUACAAGGCAAAGCAGGGCUACGUCAUCUACCGCGUCCGCGUCAGGCGUGGUGGCCGCAAGCGCAAGGUCAGCAAGGGUGCCGUUUGCGGCAAGCCCACCAACCAGGGUGUGAACCACCUCAAGUUCCAGCGCAGCAAGCAGAGCGUCGCCGAGGAGCGCGCCGGCCGUCGCUGCGGUGGUCUCCGCGUCCUCAACUCCUACUGGGUUGCCCAGGACGCCACCUACAAGUACUACGAGGUCAUCCUUGUUGACCCCGCGCACAAGGCCAUCCGCCGCGAUGCCCGCAUCAACUGGAUCUGCAAGAACGUGCACAAGCACCGUGAGAUGCGCGCCCUCACGUCCGCCGGCCGCAAGAACCGUGGUCUCGGCCAUGGUCACAGGUACAACAAGACCACUGGUGGCUCCCGCCGUGCCUCCUGGAAGCGCCGCAACACCCUCAACUGGCGCCGCUACCGCUAAGCAGUGCGACGACGCGGCUGCGCAAGCAGCUCCGUUGCCGUUGUUGCUGUCCCUGUUGUUGGUGCUGGUGGUGUCGUUCCUGGUUGCUGGUUGGUGCUUUGUUGGCGUGCCCUUGUUGUCCGCCCCGUUUCCCCUCUUCUUGUGCUGUAUUUUCUUCCCUUGGCGUGUCAGCAGUCAUCCCCACAUCCAGUAAACGAGAGUCGGGC